CGCAAUUAUUGAUUAUAUCUGUUUCUUUCCUUUUUAAGAAACAGAGUCUUGGAAACGUUUCGCGCGGAAAAAAACACUUGCUAUAGUGUACCCUCGGAGAAACUUAUUCGAGUUCCCAACCCUCGAGAGCCCGACCGAUGUCGUCUCUCCGCUGCCGCGUUCUUCGACGUUGAGAGUUCCCGAUCCUCGAGAACCUACCGACGCCGUCUAUCCGACCGCGCGUUCUUCACUGUGGAGCAGCAGUUCUUCGCUAGUGCGUUCCUCUCGGCGGACGCAGUAGAAUCCAUUGCGCGCAGCUUAUUCCGGAAGCACGACAAGAAGUAUCUUGAUGCGAACGAUCUUAACUUGGGCUCUAAGAAGUCUCUGUGCUCCUUGGUUUUCCAGUAGAGGCAUCCUUUCAUAGUGCAUUGGACCUACUUUCCGUAUGGAUUACAGGGAUGCAUGAUGAUGGAUUGGGACAUGCUUGUUUUCAUUGAGAUAGAAAUUUAUUAAAUAGCAUUUUAUUCACAAUUAAAUGGCUCAUUGGACCUACUACAUGAGCCAUUUUGAGAUAUCAAGAUGGGUGUUCAAAAGAAUUGAUAGAGCUCAAUAGGCUUGUCCUGGUCGCAUGAAUGGCUACUGUCUGACAGUCGCAAUUUUUAACCUAUAGGCACCGCCCCUAUUUGGAUUUUACCAUUCACUUGUUUGGAUGUUGUCUCUUUGAGCUUAACUUUUCGAGCGUUUCAAGAUUUUAUUUAGCUUAUGUUUAACCUUUUUUGCAUUUAUUUGUAUGCACUUCUUUCAGUUAAAACAUGGGUCUUUUUUUCCAUUAAAAGCUUUAGGAUCUAUGCAAGCCUCCAGCUUAAAAAAUUCUUUGCAUCUUAUUGCAGGCUGGUCCUAAAUUUGAAUGCUUUUAUCUCACUAAAUUGGAAAGGAUGGCCAACAUAACAGUUUGUGUGAGGUUUAGACCUUUGAUUUCAAGUGAGAAAAAACUGCAUGGUGAAUCUACAUGCAUUCAGGCCUUGGAUGCGCAGUCUUUUGCAUUCCAGGAUGAGAAGGGAGAAGAUGCCAUCUUUUGCUUUGACAAGGCAUUUUAUCAAGAUUCUGACCAAGUAGAAGUCUAUGACUUCCUUGCAAUGCCGAUAAUUGAAGGUGCCUUAAAUGGAAUAAAUGGUACGAUUCUCAUUUAUGGCCAGGUGGAGAUAUAUAUGGAUAAGAUAAGAGAUCUUUUUGAUGUAUCGAAAGACAACAUUCAAAUUAAGGAGAGCAAGUGCCAAGGAAUAUUUCUUUCUGGUGCAACUGAGAUGCUCAUAACAAAUGCUGUGGAAGCCCUUCGAUGCCUACAUCGUGGAAUAUCCAAUAGAGCUGUUGGCGAGACUCAAAUGAAUGUGGCGAGUAGCAGGAGUCAUUCUCUCUACAUAUUUUCUGUUCAACAGGAAUCUGUAACAGAUGGAAGGUCAAAAAUAGGGAAGACGGUUCUUGUGGACUUAGCUGGCUCAGAAAAAACUGAGAAAACAGGUGCUGUUGGAACACUACUUGAAGAGGCUAAGAGCAUAAAUAAGUCCCUUUCAGCAUUAGGAAACGUUAUCAAUGCACUGACAACUGGGAAAGUGAACCACAUUCCGUAUAGGGAUUCUAGACUCACCCGGAUCCUUCAAGAUGCACUGGGUGGAAAUUCCAGAACUGGAUUGCUUUGCUGCUGUUCCCCUUGCUUGACAAAUGCUUCGGAAAGCCUCUCCACAUUUCGCUUUGGAGCUAGGGCAAAGCUAUUAAAAUCUUCACCGAGAACCAACAUUUUAGAUGCAAAAGACGACAAGGAGCAGACUACAGAUUCUCAAAUUCAAGUGUACGAACAUGCAGUAACAAUAUUAGACAAGAUGGAGGAGAUUACUACCUGUCAAACUCCAGUGUGUACAUACGAAACACUAUUGGAAAAGCUGAGGCAGAAUCUCAGUGAUGAAAAUGUUGACAUGUUGGAACGGUUGUUCAAGCAGGAGGGCCUCAUUUUUGUUCCUCGGACUGUUGAAGAACUUGAAGCAGCAAUUCAAGAUGUAAGAGAAAAGACAAUUUCAGCACUGCAACAAAAGAUCGAAAAGUUCAGGGAUGCGAAUAUUGAGCUGAGGAGAGUGAAUCAUGCCCUCCAAGCUGAACUUGCAAUUGCUCGGGAGGUUGCGCAAAAAGUGGCUGAUCCAGUUGCAAACGCUCCUUGGUUCCACAAGAUCAUGAAAUCUUUUGCUUCUUAUGUCCCUUUCAUUUAAUUUCCUCUAAGGAGUGAAGCAAAUUGGAAACCUUAUGUUACUACAUUUUUGAUUGAUACACAAACAACACUUCUUUAACAAACAUUCUGGAAACUUUAUUUGAUCAAGGAAUUGCAAAAAUACCAUUGUUUGAACA